CAGGAGAAGGAGGAAGAAAGUGGAUGCAUCCCACAUAUUGACAAGUGAGGAGGGCACGGGGGGCGUUUCAAUGUGAGACCACAGAACAAGUGUUGCUUUCUGUUUCUGCAUUUCAGAAAGUCCCUAAGAGAAUUUAUCUCCAGAGGAAACAAGCUGGGGGGUGCAGAAUCAGACCUCAUGGAUUGACUGGCGGGUGCAGAGACUUGUGCAUGACUUGAGUUGCAUCCUGCACACAGAUGUUUUCAUAAAGUGAAUUGGGGUCAAAGCGUGAACGAGCUUCUCUUGACCCUCUUCGCACUGAGAGAAAACACUUUAUUACAGUUGAAGAGAGCGUCAUGAAAGGCUUAAAUCUCAGCUGGGGGCUGCUGGUGCUUCUGCUGCUUUGGACCUUGUCAGUUGUCACUGAUGCGGCCGGUGCUGCAAGCGUAGAACGAGGAGGAGCUGGAAGAAGCCAGAGAAGAGGAGGAGGUGGCGGCGACGGUGGCGGCGGCAGUGGAGGGGGUUCAGAGAAGAGAAAGAGGUUUCACCGCAUCCAACAUGGCCAGUGCAGCUAUACCUUCAUCUUGCCGGAGCUGGAUGGAUGCCAGGGCGGAGGAUCGCCUUCACAGAGUGAAAAAUAUGGUGGAUCUCGCAGCGUCGUGCAGAGAGACUCGCCGCCAGUCGAAGGUGAAUGGUCGGCUGAGAAACUGCAGCACCUGGAAAGAUCAAUGGAGAACAACACACAGUGGCUGCAGAAGCUGGAGAACGUCAUUCAGAAGAGCAUGAAGCCGGACCUCGCUAAUGUGCCGUCACACGUGGUUCACAACCAAGCGGCCACCAUGCUGGAGAUCGGAACAAACCUCCUCACGCACACGGCGGAGCAGACGCGCAAACUCAACGUGGUCGAAGCCAAGGUGCUGAACCACACGUCUCGAAUAGAGAUCCAGCUUCUGGAGAAUUCUCUGUCCACCAACAAGCUGGAGAAGGAGCUGCUCCUGCAGACGUCUGAGAUCAGUCAGCUGCGAGCCAAGAACAGUCGGCUGGAGAGUAAAGUUCAGAAGUUGGAGUCUCAGCAGAAAGGAGAGCUGGAGGACAUGAAGGAGGAGAAGAGCCGACUGCAGUCCGUCAUCAGGACUCAGAUGGCGGCCAUCGAGUCUUUAGAGCGGCAGCUGAGAGUCGCCAGCAGCAACAACACGGCUCUGCAGAGGCAGCAGGCUCAGCUGAUGGAGUCUGUGCACACACUCAUUAACAUGGUGGCUACCACGACAGGGUCACCCCCGAGGAGCCAGAUGUGGAGGGACUGUGCAGAUGCUUACAAGGCCGGUUACUCUGUCAGUGGUCUGUAUCACAUCUACAUCGGCAACAGGUCUGAAGCUGUGCAGGUGUACUGUGACAUGGAGACGGGCGGUGGAGGCUGGACGGUCUUCCAGCGGCGGUUUAACGGCAGCGUGGACUUCCAGAGGAGCUGGAGGGAAUACAAAAUGGGUUUCGGGGACGUGUUGGGGGAACACUGGCUGGGUAAUGAAGCUCUGUACCUGCUGACCGCUCAGGGUCAGUACUCUCUGAGGGUGGAGCUGAAGGACUGGGAGGGAAACUCCGCCCAUUCCCAGUACGACCGGUUUACACUGACCGAUGAGAGGCAACAGUACAGGUUGUAUCUGAGAGGUUACAGCGGCACAGCGGGCAGACAGAGCAGCCUGACCACCCACGGGACCGGCUUCAGCACCCGAGACCAGGACAACGACAACUGUGACCACUGCAAGUGUGCCCUGAUGCUCACUGGAGGUUGGUGGUUUGACGCCUGUGGUUUCUCCAACCUGAAUGGUAUUUACUACACCGUCGGCCACAACAUCAGGAAGCUCAAUGGCAUCAAGUGGCACCACUUCAGAGGCCCCAGCUACUCCCUGCGCUCCACCUCCAUGAUGGUACGACCCUAUGACUUCUAGCAACACCCCUCCACCUCCAUGAUGGUACGACCCCAUGACUUCUAACAACACCCCUCCACCUCCAUGAUGGUAUGAUUCUGUGGCCAUUCCUCCAAAAUGCCACCCUGAUGGUGUGAAACAUCCCUCAGCUUCAGCACCAUGAUGGUAUGACCCAACAGUUUGACCCACAACCUUCCAAUCCACCACCAUGAUGGUACAACCCUAAAACUUCUAUCAGCACCCCCUGAGAAGAGUUUAUCAGACGAACGCAGAGGUCGUGAAGCGAAGAAGCGCUUCUGAGUCCAGUGAUGCAAUGUUUUCUACCGCCGUCAGGUUACAGAUGCAGCCAAUCAGUGUGGAUUAUUUCUCUGUCUGACAGCCAGAUGCUACAAGAAGAAGAGUAAAACAAGCAGCUGCACCAAGGUUGCUGUCAUGAACUUGACUUCAGUUGCUUUUUUCAUUAAGUGUAUAAGACUGCUGAUGCACACAAGAACAAAAUUCAAGCAGGAGUUGAUCUCAUUCUGAUCAGAGCCGAACAGGCUGCUGAUGGAUCGAUAAAGCAUCUGAAGACAUGAAAACUGUGCAGUUUGGAUGAAAGAAGUCAACUCGCUCUGAAACGCUUUGAUACUUUGACUUGUUUUAAUGUGUUUAUAUGUUUACGCAUAUUAAUCAACUCUUUCACGUGUGUGAGGAGAAAACGGUGUGUGAAUCAAAGCAUCUCAUCGAUGUGGUCAAAGUCGAUCUGAGGAUGAGCGACGAUGUUUUCUUCCUCGCACUCAAAGACUUUUGAGAAGCACACAGAUGAUUGUGCUUUAUGGAUGUUUGAGAUGCCCGAACGGCCAAGUGGACAAAUGACGGCUCACAUCCCCCCAGCUGUGUGUACUGUUAGUGGGAGCUAACAGACUUGUACAUGAUAAAUAAAAACUGAUGAAUUUUGAAGGACACAACUAUAAGACAUGCAGCUGGAGACAUCAUGGCUUCAGUUAUUAUUCAGGAGCAGAGCAGCGAUGGAUAAGUAAUCACACUUUUUGUACCAUAUGCCAGAUUUUGGAUUCAGCAACACUUUCGGUCUUGAUCAACAUACAUACAUACAGAAACAACAAAGGGAGGAAGGACAAAGAAAUGAUCCUAGUGAGAAAUGACAAAUUUAAAAAGUCCAACUUAAUCUUUAUUCUCUUAUUUUAUGUUGGAUAAAAAGUCUGGACAAUGAGUAAGAAAGAAGUAAUCAAAGAAAAGCAGAAAUCAGAGCAGAGAGUCCAGAUCCUGAGACACAAAUGUUGCUUUAAUCAUCUUCCUACGCCAAACAGCUUGAUCGUUUCCUCGUUUUUAGUUGGACUCCAUGUUUUAUCUUGGCAAACACACUCAUGGCACUCAUACAGACAUUAAAUGAGUUACAGGACAUAUUUAUAUUAUUCAGUUGAAUUAGAUUGUAAUCAUCUGAACUGUGCUUUUCUGUCACUCACACACACACACACACACACACACACACACACACACACCACACACCCAGAUGAAUGACAGAACUUCAUCUUGUGACACAAAGCAAAGCAGACAACAACAAAUGUUUUGGUUGGGUGUCGUCAUGUUAUUGCUCACAUAUCAUUAGCAGGUUAUUGUUACCAGAGUGUGACAGUAGGACUGGAUGUGUGUGAGAGUGUGUGUGUGUUAAACAGUCAUAGAAGUGAGUGACAGUCUGUGAGUCUUUGAUUAUAAAAUAUUUGUGUAAUUUAUCGACCUGCUUCAGAAAAAUGUGUUUUCUUUGUUUGGAAAAAAUCUGAAGAAGCAGGAGCACAAAACAGAUUUGUAACCAAUAACAUCAGCCUGAUUGAUUUCAUAUUGACGCGUUAAUACACACAGCAGCUCAGUCAAUAUUCUGCUUGUAUUAGCCGGCAGAGUGCUGCGUACGCUAUCUGUUAUUGUGGCCAACAAUAAAUGCUGCAAAAAACAAAAAUAUGACUGCAGUCGUGCUGGCAGCUCCAUGAACAGCACUGCUUUGAGCUAAAUGCUAACAUCAACAUGCUAACAUGACCACAGUGAUAAUGGUUAUAUGCUGAUAUUUAGCAGGUAUUAUAUUUGCCAUGUUUACCAUCUUAGUUUAGAGUGUUUGCAAGUACAGCUGAGGCUCAUGGGAAUGUCACGACCCAAAGAACUGGACACAUUAGAGGCUUGACUGAUGAUGGCGAUGGAGGCUCAGGUUGGUACAAUUUAUUCUGACAAGAUGUGAAUGUGUGUAUAAAAUUUCAUGGCGAUCCAUCCAACCAAAACCACAAACUCCAGCCUGCAGGUGGCGCUACAGCAAAGAUUCAUCCUCUGGGAACACCAUCUGUGCCAAACUUCAUGAUAAUACAUCCCAUAGUUAUUCUGGACCAAAUGUGACAGUAGUGAUGGAUCGUCAUCCUGCAGCAUUCACCUUUAAACAGUCCUCAGUACAGUUUUGUAUAUGAAGCCUAUAGAGUUCUUUGUCAGGAUGAAGAAGUCUGUACUUCUGUACUAAAAUGCACUUUAUGGAACAGGAAGUUUAGUGUAAUAAUCUUUGCUCUCUUUGUUACAGUGUGUUGUUUGCUCUGUGUUGAAGCUGUUUCAAAUACUGCGAACAUUAACAAGUUUCACCUUUGCAGGUUA